AGUGCGCGCUAAGAUAAGCACUCGCUCGCGACCCAUCAAGCAGUGCCAAUCCAUGGCCAAAAACCAAUGGAGUGAAUUCCAAGAACCAAGAGGGCUCGAGAUAAUUUCCACACCAUUGGCACCGUGCGCUCCGCUUGGUUCUUUGCUUGCCGCGCCGGUGGACGUCCAUUGAUCCGCCGAUGGAGGCGUUCUUCUGCCUGGCGCGGUGCCGGUUCAGUCGGCUCAUGGUGGUCAUGCAGCUGGUGAUGGGCGUGUUCGUGAUCUGCAUCAGCAUGGCCAGCCUCCACCGCUUCUACACCACCGACUCCUUCCUCCCGGGGCUCGACGACUCCGCCAACUGCGCCAGGCUCCACACCGUCGGCGCCGACGGGUACGCCGGCUUCGACAUCCGCGCGCUGGCGGACCGCGUCGACGACGUGCUCGUCCAGCUCGCCGAGCUCCAGGACAAGCUGGAGGCCACGGCGCUCAAGAUCGGCAAGAAGACCAAGAAGGGCAAGGCGCACAGCAAGCAGGAGAACAUGACCUUGCCGGAGUUCAGGCGGUUCCUCGAGGACGAGGUCAUCCACCCGCUCUACGGCGCGCACAUCUCCCUCCGGCUGAUCCGCAUCCCCCGCCCCGAUCCCGACGGCGGCGACGAUGACGCCCCGGUCGUCGACCCGCUCGUCAACUUCUUCAUGGCGGAGGAGACGCGCAAGUACGUGACCACCAAGGGCAACCGCGAGGGCCGGCCCAACGUGUACGGCACCAACCGGACGUACGGCACCAUCGGCCACGCCUGCGUGCUGAUGCGGCGGGAGCUGGACGAGUACAUGAGCUACGACGUCGGCUCCUACUGCCCGGACGACUGGGACCUGGGCCAGCGCCUCAUGCUCGGCGGCUGCGACCCGCUGCCGCGCCGCCGCUGCCUCGCCCGGGCCUCCAAGCUGUUCCAGCGCCCGCUGCCCAUCAACGAGUCGCUGUGGAAGCUCCCCGACGACGGCAACGUGCGGUGGAGCCGCUACCACUGCCGCGGCUACCGGUGCCUGUCCGCCAGGAACCCGCGGCCAGGGUACAGCCGGUGCGUGGGGUGCUUCGACAUGGACCGGGAGAAGCGGCGGUGGGUCAACGACACCAGCCGCAACGCGUCCCUGGCCGACUUCCGCAUCGAAGAGGUGCUUGCGGUGAAGCCCGGCGAGGUGCGGAUCGGGCUGGACGUGAGCGUGGGCACGGGCAGCUUCGCGGCGCGCAUGCGGGAGCGCGGCGUAACCAUCGUGUCGGUGGCGCUCAACCUGGGCGCGCCGUUUGCGGAGACGGUGGCGCUGCGCGGCCUGGUGCCGCUCUAUGCCACCAUGAGCCAGCGGCUGCCCUUCUUCGACAACACCAUGGACAUGGUGCACACGGCGGGGUUCUUCGAGGGGUGGGUGGACCUGCAGCUGCUGGACUUCGUGCUCUUCGACUGGGACCGCGUGCUCCGCCCCGGCGGCCUGCUCUGGGUCGACAGGUUCGCCUGCGCGCGGAGGGACCUCGACGACUACAUGUACAUGUUCCUCCAGUUCAGGUACAAGAAACACCGCUGGGUCGUCUCCUUCAAGUCCAAGGACGAGGUCUACCUCUCCGCUCUCCUCGAGAAGCCGCCAAGGUCAUGAUCCAUCAACACUUUCCUGUGUUCAGCUGGCGGUGUAUACGUACUUUCUUGUGUGAUUAGAUUGUUGCCCGUGCUGAAUUUCUACUAGUUAUAUGAUUCAAUCUAACAUGAUGGUGAAUAAAAAGGCAGUAAUGCUA